AUGGCUUUCGCUCGCCUUGCAGCUAUCAUCUCUAUUGCCCUUGCCGCCUCACAGGCUGUAAAUGCUGCAUUGACAAAGCGUGUUACAUGCGCCACUGGCCAAGUGACUGCCAAUGCUGCCUGCUGCAAGCUCUUCCCUAUUGUCCAGAAGAUCCAAACCGACCUCUUUGACGGAGGCGAAUGUGGAGAGGAGGCCCACUCUGCUCUUCGUCUCUCGUUCCACGAUGCUAUUGGAUUUUCAAUCCACGGUGGAAAGGGUGGAGGAGCCGAUGGUUCUAUCCUGAUCUUCAACAGCACCGAACUUGCAUUCCACGCUAAUGGAGGAAUUGAUGAUAUCACUGCACGCCAGUUCCCCGUCUUCCAAGAAACCGGCCUCACUGCAGGAGACUUCGUCCACCUCGCAGCUGCUAUUGGAACUGCUAACUGCCCGGGUGCCCCAAGGCUUCAGUUCAUGUUUGGCCGCCCACCACCUCUUGCCCCCGCCCCCGAUCUCACUGUCCCAGAGCCCACUGACAGUGUUACUUCUAUUCUGGCCAGGUUCGCCGAUGCUGGAUUCUCUCCAGCUGAGGCUGUUGCCCUUCUUUCCUCCCACACCAUUGCUGCUGCAGAUGUCGUCGACCCCACCAUCCCAGGAACCCCCUUCGACUCUACUGUCGGCACUUUCGACACUCAAGUCUUCCUUGAAGUUCUCCUCAAGGGAAGACUUUUCCCAGGAAACGGAAGCCAGCCUGGUGAAGUCCUCUCUCCUCUUGCCGGUGAGAUGCGUCUCCAGAGUGACUUCGCUAUCUCCCAAGACCCUCGAACUGCCUGCCUCUGGCAGGGAAUGGUUAACAAUCAGAACCUAAUGAUGAACAGCUUCAAGGCAGCUAUGGCUAAGCUUCAAGUACUCGGACAAAGGAACUUGAUUGACUGCUCUGACGUCGUCCCCAUUCCCAAGACAUUCACCGGCCCCAUCAAAUUCCCCGCCUCCUUCUCUCGUGCAGACGUACAAGCUGCUUGUGCGGCCACCCCCUUCCCAAACAACAUCGCCACUGUUGCUGGACCAGCCCCAACAGUCGCCCCUGUUCCCGGAUCUUAA